GCACGCGGGGGGGGGGUGCUGCGGCCUCCAGGUCACCUGAGCGCGAUGGAUGAGGCGAAAAUGGAAAUCCCACCUCCUCCAACGUCUAAGUGCAUCAUUUACUGGAAAAGGAAAGUCAAGUCUGAAUAUAUGCGUCUUCGGCAACUCAAGAGGUUUCAGGCAAACAUGGGAGCGAAGGCUCUGUUUGUGGCCAAUUUUGCAAAGGUUCAAGAAAAAACUCAAAUUCUGAAUGAAGACUGGAAGCAGCUUCGAGUUCAGCCAGUCCCGCUAAUGAAGCCUGGCACUGGUCACCCUUUCCUGAAACAGUGUACCGUCGAGAGCAAUUUCCCUGGAUUCCCAAACCAGACCAUCUUCAUGAGGUCCCUAAACACAGUAGCGUUGGUGCCUAUUAUGUAUUCCUGGUCCCCUCUUCAGCAGAAUUUCAUGGUGGAGGAUGAGACUGUGCUGUGCAAUAUCCCCUACAUGGGAGAUGAGGUGAAGGAGGAAGACGAAACCUUCAUUGAAGAGCUAAUUAAUAACUACGACGGGAAAGUUCACGGCGAGGAAGAGAUGAUUACAGGGUCCGUCCUUAUCAGCGAUGCUGUGUUUCUGGAGCUUGUUGACGCUCUGAAUCAGUACUCGGAUGAGGAAGAGGAAGGGCUGAACGACUCUGAGGGUAAACAGGAGGAUGGGAAGGAGGAGCUGCCAGUCACAAGAAAAAGAAAGCGAACCACAAUGGAAGGCAACAACAAGUGUGCAAAGAAGCAGUUCCCAAAUGACAUGAUCUUCAGUGCUAUUUCUUCAAUGUUUCCUGAGAGCGGCUUCCCGGAAGACAUGAAAGAGCGGUACAGGGAACUUACUGAACAGUCGGAUCCGAACGUGCUGCCCCCCCAGUGCACUCCAAACAUUGAUGGGCCAUGUGCAAAGUCAGUCCAGCGGGAGCAGUCCCUGCACUCUUUCCAUACGCUCUUCUGCAGACGGUGCUUCAAAUAUGACUGUUUUCUGCAUCCUUUCCAUGCGACUCCUAAUGUCUAUAAACGGAAGAACAGAGAGAUCAAGAUCGAGCCAGAUCCCUGCGGGACAGACUGUUUCCUCUGGCUGGAGGGAGCCAAGGAGUUUGCAGUGCUGCACAAUCCCAGGUCCAAAUGCUCAGGUCGGCGGCGCCGUAGGCACCAUGUGGUCAGUGCUUCCAGCUCAAACCCCUCGUCCUCCUCCAUCGCUGAGACGAGGGAGGGAGACAGCGACCGAGACACAGGCAACGACUGGGCCUCGAGUUCCUCAGAGGCCAACUCCCGAAGCCAGACCCCCACCAAGCAGAAGGGCAGCCCUGCCUCCUCCCAGCUCUUUGUGAUGGAAGCGCCGCAAGAACCCGUCGAGUGGACGGGGGCCGAGGAGUCGCUCUUCCGCGUGCUCCACGGCACCUACUUCAACAACUUCUGCUCGAUAGCCAGGCUGCUGGGAACGAAAACCUGCAAGCAGGUCUUCCAGUUUGCGGUGAAAGAAUCCCUGAUAAUGAAACUGCCGACCAGCGAGCUCCUGACUCCGUCCCAGAAGAAAAAACGGAAGCACAGGCUGUGGGCUGCGCACUGCAGGAAGAUCCAGCUGAAGAAAGAUAAUUCACCUACCCAGGUGUACAACUACCAGCCCUGCGACCACCCCGACCACCCCUGCGACAGCUCCUGCCCCUGCAUCAUGACUCAGAAUUUCUGUGAAAAGUUCUGCCAGUGCAAUCCUGACUGUCAGAACCGCUUCCCGGGCUGCCGCUGUAAGACGCAGUGCAACACCAAGCAGUGUCCAUGCUACCUGGCCGUGCGGGAGUGCGACCCUGACCUGUGCCUGACCUGCGGGGCGUCGGAGCACUGGGAUUGCAAGGUGGUCUCCUGUAAGAACUGCAGCAUCCAGCGGGGCCUCAAAAAGCAUUUGCUGCUGGCUCCAUCAGAUGUUGCUGGCUGGGGGACAUUCAUCAAGGAAUCGGUGCAGAAGAAUGAAUUUAUCUCUGAAUAUUGUGGUGAGCUUAUUUCUCAGGACGAGGCCGACCGGCGGGGGAAGGUCUAUGACAAGUACAUGUCCAGCUUCCUCUUCAACCUCAACAACGAUUUCGUUGUUGAUGCCACCCGCAAAGGAAACAAAAUCCGCUUUGCCAACCACUCUGUGAACCCCAACUGCUAUGCCAAAGUGGUGAUGGUGAACGGAGACCACCGGAUAGGAAUCUUUGCCAAGAGGGCCAUCCAGGCUGGGGAGGAGCUCUUCUUUGAUUACAGGUACAGCCAGGCCGAUGCCCUGAAGUACGUGGGCAUAGAAAGGGAGACGGAUAUCAUCUAG